AAAGAAAUAUUCAAGUGGGAUUUUCUUCUUUUCACUCAUAGUUCUUUUACUAGGGAUUUUCGUAUUAUGUCAACACUUGUUGAAAUCAUUACAAAUCAAAUUAUUAUAGAGGCGGUUCUGUGUUCGACUUUUUAAAAAGUUAACUUUUCUGUUUACUCAAUUAUAAAAAGUAUAAGUUUAUUUUCUGGUGCAGAAGAUGUCUGGUGAUGUUCAAGCAAGAAAACGGAAAGAGAAAAAACGUAAAAAGGAUGAAGAAGAUAACAUUAUACCAUCACCUACUCUGGGAAAUAUUAAUGAAAAUUUAACAGAUAAUGUAACUAUACAUAUUUAUAAAGAAAGUACUACAGGAGGACAUUGGUGUGCUCGAAUUAUAUUCUUUAUCAUUUUAACAAUGCUUAUGGGUCUAAUUGGUAUAGUUAUCUUUGAGCAUAGGGGUACUACAGAUAUCAGUACUCCAUUAGAAUCUUCUCGUUGGGCUUUUAUAUUUGAAGGAUGGGUUGAUGACUCUGCAUUAUUAUCUAAUGAAGAAUCACAUGAUAAUGAACAAGAAACUAAAGAAAUAAAAAAGGAAACAAAAAAUGAUGAAGAUAAUAAAGAAAUUACAGAAAUUAAAAUUUCUAAUGAAGAAGAAAUUCAAGAAGAUGAAAUAUCAAAUGAACAUACAGAGGAAGAAAAAGAAACAAUAAAUGAAAAUGAAUCAAAUGAAGAGCAAAAUAUUUUUCAAAGUAAAGAAGAAGAAUUAAGUCAUGAAAGUGAAUAUGAAGACAGGGAACAACAAGAAGAUAUAUUGGAAGAAGAUAUUACACCAGAAGAAUUUGAUAAUAUUAAUGUGUUAGAAGAAAUAUACAGUAUUAGUACAGAAAAAUUUUCAGAUGAAAAAAAUAUUUUAUAUGAAACAGAUAGUCAAUUUGAUAAAAUAAUAAAAAUGACAAGAAAUGAAGAUGAAAAAUUUGAAAAUUUUUUGGAUAUUCCUGGUAUUAAUGAAAUUAAUGAUGACAAUUUAGAACCUUUAGAAGAGGUAGAAAAUAUAGAACCUGAAGAAUAUGUUAAUGAUAUAGAUGUAAAGCCAGAAAUAGAAGAAAUAGAAGAAGAAUCUGCUAAUGUGGCUAUGAAGUUUGGAGUUGGUGUGGCACUUAUUGUUGCUGCACAUUUUGUCCUUGUGAAACGGUGGAAUAAUGAAGUUAUCUUUGUUCAAAAUCAAUCAAAAUUAAUUUCAUCUGAGAAAAAAGAUGUGGAAGAAAAAGUAACUCCGAAAAAUAAACUGAUUAUUCAAGUAGAAGAAUAUGAAACAGGAGAACAAAAUAAAAAUAAAAAAAUAGAAACAAAGGAAGAAAAAAGAAAAAUAGAAAUAAUAAAAGAACAAAUUAGUUUACAACAAAAUGAUAAGAUUGAAGAUGAGGAAGAAGAAGAAAUAGAAGAUAAAGAUGAGAGAGAAGAAGAAGAGGAGAAAGAAUUAAUGGAAGAGGAAGAGGAAGAAGAAGAGGAAGAAGAAGAGGAAGAAGAAGAAGAAGAGGAAGAAGAAGAAGAAGAGGAAGAGGAAGAGGAAGAAGAAGAAGUGAAAGAUGAAGAAGAGGAAGAUGAAGAGAAAGAAGAGGAAGAAGAUAAAUAUAAAACCAAUGAAAAAUAUGACAAAAUAGAUGAUAAAGAAAAAGAACAAAGAAGAAUAUUAGAAAUAGAAAAUGAAAAAUUGAUAAAAAUAAGGAGAAGGAGGAGUUCAUAAAUUUGA